AUGUGCUUAGAGCCUGAAUCACUCGUGCCGAUCACGAGCUCAGGAGCGAGACAAGUUGUUCUGAUUGGUGAUCACAAACAGCUGCAGCCUGUCAUUCAGGAUCAAGUGGCCAAGGCGCUUGGUUUGAGUGUUUCCAUGUUUGAGAGACACUCCAAACGAGCUAGGAUGCUGCAGCUGCAGUACAGAAUGGUAAGUUGAGUCGAGUACCCAUGAUAAGAUUUUUAAAUCUUAUAUCGACUCAAAACCUGAAACUUCUAUGAGGAAACCAUAGGACUUUUUUCUGGUGUUUUCAUGAGGAACCAAAGGGUUGACCUCAGGCAGCAAUCAAAGUUUACGUGAAGAACAUUUUUAAGGGUAUUGAACAGCUUCUGCGCGAUUUGUGAGGGAAAUGUAGCUUUACAUGAUAAUUUAAUACCUUGUUCUUUUUUUUUUCACUACAAUUCAUGUCUCAUUUGAUUGUACCUUGUAUACCUCCGUAAGUAAUUGAUAUUUGAAGUGACAUCAAUAUUUAAAGAAACCUACUUCUUUAUAUAAAUCACCCUAAAAAACACUAAUCUAUUACUAUUCUCUCGGAUUAGCACAAAGGAAUAUGCGAAUUCCCUUCAAAGGAAUUCUAUGAUGAUAAACUCCAGACUGCUGAAGUAGUCAACUCGCGUCCUCCUAGCCCAGUAUCCUUUUGGCCUGCUCAGGUUCGUCGGAGAAGAGAUCUUCCCAUUGUCUUCUGUCAUGUGGAAGGUCAGGAGCAGUCUUCUGUGAUAACCACAUCAGAAAGUAAUCAGGAAUCCAAGAGGAACAUGAAAGAAGUUAGGAAGGUGGUAAGUACGGAAUCUUUACGCGCUCACGCGCGCGAUAGAGUUCAACGCUUGUCUAAGUUCGUAUCAAGGGGGACAAACCUGGAAAAUUCAUGUCAGUUAUUUUAAACUCAAAGGUCUGAGACAGUUCUACAUUGACGAGUUCUCCUUAGAGAGGCACUGAGGAGAUCUGAAACUUUAUGCAGCAUUUUUGAAAGUAAAAGAUCCAAAUUUUCCCUGCAUAGACCAUUUAACUCUACCCUUUUGGGCAGGAAUCUCGUUAACGUGAUUCGGUGGUUUUGCACUGCGCCUCUCUUCCUGCGCAUAACGAGUUAGCCGUCGUGUAAAAGGGGAAGUGGAGACCUUAUUAAAAUUAUGAUAGUCGAAGAGAACCAUUAUUGGAAUUUUCGAUUGCGGCUGCCUCUGGGCUAGAUGAGACUCAAAGUGUUAAGAAUGUGCAUAAGGUAAGCGGUAAGCGUUUUGCCUAGUUCGACUUCCUCAUCGAGAGCUUAGAUAGUGGACGUUUAGCUUGUAAUUAUGCAGAUUCAAUUUCCUGCUUCAUUCAUUAUCAAACAGAAGGUAAAAGGCAAUGACAUCAUCGGCUUCAAUAUAUUCCUGUCCUUCUUAAUGAAACUCCUGCCCCCCUCAAAAAAAGGGUAAAUUCGGGCCUUACUAUACUACUCUGCUCAGAUACACCUCUUAUCAGUUCUAGUGUAGGUACAGUUUUUCUUUACAUAAAGGUAAAAUUAAAAGAAGCCUGCAGGCCCACCAAUAGUGAAGCCCUUUUAGCCUUGAAGGCUGAACUGAAGCACGGGCUGUACUCCUGAGGUGAACAAACUUGCUUGAGCCUUAGUAAAUUCUUUAAACCCUACCAAUUUUUAGAAUCAGUCUGGCUUAUAGUACCCGCAAAUCGGAGCACCGUUUCUAGCUUAUUAUUGUGUGUGAUGUGAGCCCCAAAUGACGUUAACUGACGACAGCUUCGAAGACAACAUUUAACAUAUAUAAUACAAAAAGCAGCUAAAGCUAACGAGAGGUAGUUUUAAAAAAGAUUAAAUACAUUCAUGUUAUAUGGCUUCUUUAUUCCACACCCGAAGGGACUGAUUUCACAACGGCAAAAGGAAUGUUCAGCCCAGUUUGUCUGCUUGUUUCUCGUCUAGGUGCAAGUUGCAAAAUACCUUGUCAAUCGUGAAUCAGUGCCCAAGUCAGAUGUGGUCAUAUUGUCGCCUUACAGAGAGCAGCGAAGUAAAAUCAGCGAGUUAUUAAGAGGGGCGUACGACGGCAUCCACGUCACAACUAUCACGAAAAGUCAAGGUACGACAUCGACCAGAAAGAUUGAUAAAUAGCGCGGAAUUCCAUUUGCCUUGUUUCUAUACCUACGAUCCUUUAACAGAUGAUCGUAUAACCCUCUUUACCUCAAACGCUCUGAAAGCUAAAUAUCAUUUACAUGUCUGGCAUAAUUGCGAUCGAAGAGAGUUAUCCAACUUAAAUUAUCAUUGACUUAUCAGUUCAAAAUAUUGGCAAGUGUAUGAGUAAUAAAAAAACAUAUUGAGUGGUUUUCCUAAAACAUGAGUUAAUUUCGUAAUUAAAUUUCAGGAAGUGAAUGGGAUUACGUCAUCAUGUCUUUGGUUCGCUCCCUAAAGAAAGAAGAAAUCGACCCAGAGCCCUCCCUCAGCUGGCUCGGUGAACACUUGGGAUUCUUAAGAGACGAACAUCAAAUGAACGUGGGACUCACACGAGCACGUAGAGGGCUUUGUAUUAUCGGUGAGAAAAACCGCGUUGUUGCUUUUUUUUUGCCAAGCAACCAUAUUAAUUGGCAGUAUUCUCAUUUGACAAAAAAACUCAAACAGCCAUUUUGCGCCACUGAUUGUUUUUGUUUUGUUUUUAACACAAAGCGCACCAAUUAAUAUAACGUACAAAAGUGAUGAGGGAUUAGCCAAAGGGCGUGAUUUUCAUCAAACUGCAGUUACUGAUUCGGGAGAUUUAGACCCUGUUUACAUGGAGUGGGGGACCCCGGUCUAGUGGGGUAGGUUUCUUUUGUUUUGUGUCCUCCAGAGCGUGAAAACAAAAGAAACCAACCUCACUAGACCGGGGUCCCCCACUCCAUGUAAACAGGCCCUUAGUGUCCGAGUGGUCUCAUUGUUUUAUUGUUGGCUUGUCUAGAAGCUUCUAGAUGGGUGUUCAACCAGUUUAAUAUUCUUGUUCUGAACAAACGUAUUUUCUCCCUUAGGAAACAAAAAUCUUCUUGGGAUGGACGAAAUGUGGAGCAAGUUGAUAGAACACUAUGAAAAUAAUCACUGCCUUGUGGACGAGUCAUGGCCCUGGACAUAG